CUCACAGUAACCUCAGCUCCUGCCACAAUGUACAAGACGCUACUCUUGUCUUGCCUUGCACUAACCCUUGCACUUCUCACGAGCAGUGCACCUACUUCAAGCUCUCCAAAGCAAACACAGGACCGACUGGAGCUAUUACUGAGGGAUUUACAGACACUCUUGGAAGGCGUUACUAGCAACCCCAGACUCCCUAAGAUGCUAAAAUUAAAACUCUACCCACCCAAGAUGGUCUCAGAACUGCAACAUCUUCAGUGUCUAGAGGAAGAACUGAGGGCCGUGGAGCAGGUGCUAAAUUUAGCUGAACACAAAAACUUUCCCUUGAUACACACCAAGGAUUUCAUCAGUAAUAUCAAUGUAACAGUUCUGAGCCUAAAGGGAUCCGAAACAGCAUUUGUGUGUGACUUAGAAGAUGAAUCAGUAAACAUUGUGGAAUUUCUGAAGAGAUGGAUCGCUUUUUGUCAGAAAAUCAUGUCAAGACUGACUUGAUUAUCACGUGCCUCCCAUUGAAGACAUAUGGAUU